CCGAGUACUGUAUUGUGUAGUGCUGGUUUCUCAAGCUAGUUGUCUCGUGAUUGCUCAAUGGUUCAAAACUGAAUAGUAGUUUAUUAUAUAAAUUGUAUUCUGCUAUGUUGAGUUUCGUAGCUAGGUGUCCUGCGAGACUUUGAAGGGUUUUAGACUGAAGCGGUGUAGUGCUAUAUUGAGUUCUGUAGCUAGGUGUCCCUGCCUGUGAAGGGUGAAGCCACUCACUGCAUUGCAGCCUCAGUGCUGCUGCUGGAAUCAAACACAACAAUGGCGACUCCCAGCCCCAGCACCAACUCAACAACCUCUUCCAGCAACAACAGCAAUAACGCAGGAUCUACAUCUACAUCACAUCAGCACCAGUCCCAGUCUCAGCACAUAACAACAGUGAGCAGCAUGCAGGAGACCAACACGUGCUGGAGGUGUCAGAAUGAAACAGGGUUUCAGAUAAACCUCUCUGGAGUUCCCCAAAGCAAACGCAAAGCACUGAAGUUAAAUUUUGCCAAUCCACCAAUUAAAUCAACUGCAAGAUUUACUCUCAACACUGCAGGAGCCCCUUUUCAGAAUCCACAUAUAGAGAGGCUGCGAACACACAGUAUUGAAUCUUCAGGAAAACUGAAGAUCUCUCCUGAGCAGCACUGGGAUUUCACCGCAGAAGACCUGAAGGAUCUGGGAGAAAUCGGACGGGGAGCCUAUGGGUCUGUCAACAAAAUGGUGCACAAACCAAGUGGACAGAUAAUGGCAGUUAAAAGGAUUCGAUCGACUGUAGAUGAAAAGGAACAGAAGCAGCUGCUAAUGGACUUGGAUGUAGUAAUGAGGAGUAGUGAUUGUCCAUAUAUUGUUCAAUUUUAUGGAGCUCUUUUCAGAGAGGGUGACUGUUGGAUCUGCAUGGAACUCAUGUCUACCUCGUUCGACAAAUUCUACAAAUAUGUGUAUUCUGUUUUAGAUGAUGUGAUUCCAGAGGAAAUUUUAGGCAAAAUAACAUUAGCUACUGUGAAAGCACUUAACCACUUAAAGGAAAACUUGAAAAUAAUUCACAGAGACAUUAAGCCUUCCAAUAUUCUCCUGGACAGAAAUGGCAACAUUAAGCUCUGUGAUUUUGGCAUUAGCGGCCAGCUUGUGGACUCCAUUGCCAAAACUAGAGAUGCAGGGUGUAGACCUUACAUGGCGCCAGAAAGAAUAGACCCAAGUGCUUCCAGGCAAGGCUACGAUGUCCGAUCAGAUGUGUGGAGCUUGGGAAUCACAUUGUAUGAGCUUGCAACUGGACGAUUCCCAUACCCUAAAUGGAACAGUGUAUUUGAUCAGUUGACGCAGGUAGUGAAAGGAGACCCACCACAGCUCAGUAACUCAGAGGAGAGGCAAUUUUCCCCCAAGUUCAUCAAUUUUGUUAACUUGUGCCUUACAAAGGAUGAGUCAAAAAGGCCAAAGUACAAGGAGCUUCUGAAACACCCAUUCAUCUUGAUGUAUGAAGAGCGCACAGUAGAUGUAGCCAGCUAUGUCUGUAAGAUCCUGGAUCAAAUGCCUGCUUCUCCCAGCUCCCCCAUGUAUGUGGAUUGAUGAAGUGCUGGAAGAACUGUGGAAGAAGGGCCCGAUAAAGAACCCAUGGUGUAAAGAUUUGUUUCGUCACAUAUUGCAGUGUUUAAAAGAAGAAAAAAAAAUCCCAUAACACCAUGUGCAAUAAGAUUGGUGUUCAUUUCAACUUGUGUGUAUAUUAUAGUUUAUAUACAGUAUAUAUAUACAUAUGUGUGUAUAUGUAUGUAUAUAUAAAAGUGCAUUCUAGUAACUGAUCACACCGUGAAGUCUUGGUUUUGACAAAAGAGACCUCAUCUUGAUCUUAUGUGGACACAGUAUAGUCAUAAAAUCUGGAAUUAUAUUCAUAGUAUUUUGGAAGAAAGCGUAUAUAUAAAAUCACUUGUGGAAUUUAAUUUGGAGACUUUUAAAGCAGCUUACUGGAAACAAGUUCUAUGUGAAGCUUCCACCUGUUCCAUGCGUAUGGUUUUAGGCAUUGUGUGUGUAAGUUUUUAAAGCGGACCUUACUCCCAAGAGGUGAGAAGGAAAAGGACCGUAUUAAAGUGGAAUGUCCUUCACCUGGAGCCCAUCAGACCAUGCAAGGAUGUGUGUUUUCUUCACUGUGCAAUAGAUGUGCAGAUUAAAAAAAAAGAGAUCUGUUGCUUCACAAUGUCACAGUUAAUACCAUGGGACUGUUGUUUUAUUUUGCUGUGUUAAGGAAAAAAGAAAUAUAUAUAAAAUAUAUUUUAACAUUAAGGUGAUGUAAACACAACUUUUACCAAAAAAUGUACUUGGACAGUGACACUGAGAAGCUCAAUAAUGAGACAUGGAUUUAGAUAUAUGCAGUGUAAGUUUGUGAGCGUACUUAUGUAUAGAUAUGUUUAGACACAUGCAAACCUACAAGUCAUGGACAACUUCACAUUCUUGGUAAAUAAGUGGGUAUACAAACUCUUAUCUAAAAAAUAACUGAACUUUAUAAUGUGGCUUUAUGAUUUUAAUAUGCAAAAUAUUUUGUCAUUUUUAAUUUUCUUUCAUUUACUUGAUGUUUUUUAUCCCAUUCUCUAGCACAGAUUAAAUUUUCUCUGUAUUCAGAUUGUGUCCACAUUUUUGUCCAUGACUGUAUGUGUGUAUAAAUCUCACCUAUACAGAAACUUACAGCAGUUUAAAAUUUCUUUCUAAGUGUAGCAACAUACUUUGAGAACAGAUCCAGACCUUAAAGCUUAUUUCAGGUUGUGUAGCAGUGCAUUCAGCAUGUUUGUAAGAGAUUUUGCAGAUUUGUGAAAGCUUAUGUUGGAAGAAUGCCCCCCGCCCCCCAACCCUGAGACUUCUUCCAUGACAUGUAACUAUUUUAACUACAGCUUGAUGUUGUAGGUUUCUGAGGGUGAUACCUACUGCAUGCGGUAGGACAAUACAAAAAUAUAUUAAGUACUACAACUUUGCACUUGGAGUGCUGCAUUGUGAGUGCACAAAAGAGUUCAACUGUCAAUUGACAAAAAUAACAUUAUUUGCAUUUUUGCAGUUGAAAACAAAAAUCCUGUCUUGCAUGGCACCUGAUAAAAUUAAACAUUUUCCCCAUAUAAGGAUAGUUGCGAAACUUUCUACUACAAGAGGAGGAGGUAGGAAAAUAAAUCUGUAAUUUGCUGUACAAUUACAUUUUCUUCACUGUUAACCGUCUAUUACAAGAAAGUGUAUCACUGUUGCCCUGGCCUGGAAUAGUCUACAUAUUAUGAACACUUAAGUGUUUGCAGUUAUACUGUUGGGAUACGGGAGUCGAACACAGUGGAUAUUGUCUAAUGAUAGAGAGAAUUUCUUAUGGAAAGGAAUGACUGUACAAAAUGUCAAUUAGAAAAUUAAUAUUAGAUAAUAAAAUGCUAUUGAGGGUGAGGAUUUUAUUACAUUGUAUCUUUAUUAAAAAAUCAAAUGUGUAUAAUGUUCACAAGCUGUGAAAAUAUUAUAACUGUACAUUGUGAACUUGGGUUAUUUCCUGUACUAUAGAAAAUGUAUAAAAAUUUAAAAAGCUGAUGUGCAGGGAUAUUGCCUUAUAUGUCUGUGAACAGGAGCAAAGUAAAUGUAACACCUGCUUUAAGAUCUCCUAUUUUAUCCUAUUUACUGGUUUGACUUCAUAUAUUUAAGACAUUAUAAAUGGAAUCUAAGUGUUCAUGUAGUAGUUCUUUAGUCUGCCUGCAGGUCAGUUGUAAUAAAAUUAGGAUGUGACUGUGACCUUGUCAUUUCUCAUUUUGUAAGGCCUGGAAACACACAAUGGCAAAAAAUAAACUGGUUGUAAUUUA